GGAGAUCUCUCCCACGCCCCACUGCCCCCUCCCCUGAGUCGCGUGAGCCGGGAGCCCCCUUACCUCUUUCCCUCCCGCCCCACGCGCGACGUGGGAAUGGCUCCGCGGCCUGACGCGAACAGUUCUCUGGCCUCGUGGCCAGAUGCCCCCACCCUGGCGCCCAAUUCUGCCAACACGAGUGGGCUGUCAGGGGUGCCGUGGGCAGCGGCGUUGGCGGGGGCGCUGUUGGCGCUGGCGGUGCUAGCCACCGUGGGAGGCAACCUGUUGGUCAUCGUGGCCAUCGCCCGGACGCCGAGGCUCCAGACCAUGACCAACGUGUUCGUGACUUCUCUGGCCGCAGCCGACCUGGUCGUGGGACUCCUGGUAGUACCGCCGGGGGCCACCUUGGCGCUGACCGGCCACUGGCCCCUGGGCGCCACCGGUUGCGAGCUGUGGACCUCGGUGGACGUGCUGUGCGUGACCGCCAGCAUCGAAACCCUGUGCGCCCUGGCGGUGGACAGAUACCUGGCCGUGACCAACCCGCUGCGCUACAGCGCGCUGGUCACCAAACGCCGGGCCCGCGCCGCGGUGGUGUUGGUAUGGGUCGUGUCCGCGGCGGUGUCCUUUGCGCCCAUCAUGAGCAAAUGGUGGCGCGUGGGGGCCGACGCCGAGGCGCAGCGUUGCCACUCCAACCCGCGCUGCUGCGCCUUCGCCGCCAACAUGACCUACACGCUGCUCUCCUCCUCCGUCUCCUUCUACCUUCCGUUGCUGGUGAUGCUCUUCGUCUACGCGCGAGUUUUCGUCGUGGCGACGCGCCAGCUGCACUUGCUGCGUCGGGAGCUGGGACGCUUCCCGCCAGAGGAGUCCCCGUCGGCUGCACCGCGCUGUCGGGUCCCAGCCCAGGCGGGGCCGUGCGCUCCGCCCGCAGCGGGGCCCUCCGGCAGCCGGCGGCCGGCGCGCCUCCUGCCUCUCCCGGAACACCGGGCCCUGCGCACCUUGGGCCUCAUCAUGGGUACCUUCACUCUCUGCUGGUUGCCCUUCUUUGUGGCCAACGUGGUGCGCGCCCUUGGGGGCCCCUCCCUGGUUCCCGACCAGGCUUUCCUGGCCCUUAACUGGCUGGGCUACGCCAACUCUGCCUUCAACCCGCUCAUCUACUGCCGCAGCCCCGACUUUCGCUGCGUCUUCCGCCGCUUGCUGCGCCGCGGCCGGCGGGAGGAGCGCCCCGCUGCCGGCGCCCCUUCCUGGACCCCUGCGGCCCCGGCCCGCCCUUCCGAGUCCCGGCCGUGCCCACCGCUCAACGAGUAG